GUCGAUUGGCUUGCAAUUAAAUACUCUUUUUCGUGGCAUAGACUUUUGCGGGCGUGCUUAUAUUCUAAGUCACGGCUUAAAUCUUAUAAUAUUGUUGGUGAAAAAACUAUAACUUAGCAUCAUGUAUAGCGGAGAGGAUUAUGGAAGUGCUGACUACUAUGACGAUUAUGGACACACCGGCGAUCCGCAAUUGGAUAUGGAAUAUGAACGUAGUUACUACGCAAGUCGAAUGCCCGACAAUGUAAAGUUUUUCCUUCAAAACUUCUGUCAGGCCAUUAAAGAGGGUGUACUAUUCGAUAUACAAAAUAUGUACGAGAAUACGUUCCCACAAAUUAGUGACCAUCAUUUCGAUAAAAGCGCUUGGCCUGAUGAGCAAGAAGUAGCGUCAAUUGUAGAUAACGAUAAAGUUUUCUUAAUUUUAUACAAGGAAUUGUACUACCGUCACAUUCACGCCCGUAUACCUGGCGGUCCUAAAUUAGAUCAACGCAUAAAUUCAUUCUUUAAUUAUUGCGAUUUCUUCAACCUAAUAAUUUCAUCACAAAAUCCAGUAUCAUUGGAAUUACCUGAUAUCUGGUUGUGGGAACUAGUUGAUGAAUUUGUUUACCAAUUCCAAAACUUUGCGCAAUACAGAGCGCGUCUUACUGACAAGACACAGGAAGAGAUCCAACAACUUUGUGUUAAUCAUAGUAAUGUUUGGAGUAUACUCUGCAUAUUAAACGUUCUUCAUUCUCUUGUGGAUAUUUCAAACAUUAAGAAACAACUGGAAGCAAUUUCCCAAGGAAACGAUCCCCAAACUGUUGCUGGAGAGUUUGGCGAAUUGUCGUUUUAUAAAAUGUUGGGUUAUUUCUCUUUGGUAGGCCUCUUGCGUGUACAUUCACUGUUGGGCGAUUAUUAUCAAGCUAUUAAAGUACUGGAACCAAUAGAAAUCCACAAGAAGUCGCAGUAUUCUCAUAUACCUGCCUGCCAAAUUUCAACUUCAUACUACGUUGGAUUCGCAUACAUGAUGAUGCGCCGUUAUGCUGAUGCUAUUCGCACUUUCUCUGAAAUCCUCUUGUACAUUCAACGCACCAAGCAGUUGUACAGCACGCGCUCAUACCAAAACGAUCAAAUUAACAAGCAAGCUGAACAAAUGUACCACUUGUUGGCAAUCUGCCUUGUUUUACAUCCACAAUGCAUUGAUGAGUCAAUUCAACAAGUUCUUCGUGAAAAGAAUUAUCAUGAUGCUAUGUUCAAGAUGCAAUGUGGCGAUUUGGAAGUAUUUAAAUCGUUCUUCAUCUUCGCUUGUCCACGAUUUGUUAGCCCAUGCCCGCCCGCCGCCGAUGCUCCGAUGGAGGAUUACGUUAAAGAUCCAAUGGAACAUCAACUGAUGGUGUUUAUGGAUGAAGUGCGUCAGCAAAAGGACUUGCCUACAACACGUUCUUAUCUCAAACUGUACACAACAUUACCAUUAGUCAAAUUGGCCUCAUUUAUCGAUUCGAACGCCAGUGAAGAUGACGUUUCAAAACUGCUUAUUCGUUUGCUUUGUUUUAAGCACAAAAUGCGUAACUUGGUCUGGACCAAGGGCUCUAGUGGUUUAGAAGGCUCUUUCAAAUCUGGUUCAGAGUUGGACUUCUAUAUUGAUGAUGAUAUGAUCCAUAUAGCCGACACGAAGAUUUCACAUCGUUAUGGCGACUUCUUUGUUCGAAAAAUAAUGAAGUUCAAUGAUCUUAACCGUAAAUUGAAGAACAUCCACAUUUAAAUGGUGCACCAGCAAAUUAUUUGUAAUCAUUAUUUUAUUUAUAGAAAAUGCGCAUAAAAAAACAACCGUUUGCAAUGUAAAAUUAUAAGGAAAUAGCAAACCUCAUACGAAAUAAAGUUUGUAGAAGCGCCAA